UGAAUCUGCUGGCGGGCCGCGGGAAGGUGGGCACGGACUGCGAGCGGGGUGUUGCGACUAAAUAGGCUCAGCUGCAGCUCCGGUGCCUGGCGCGGAGCGGGCGCGGCACUGCUCUCUCGGAGUGGGCGGUGGCGCGGGCGCAGGGCCCAGCAGCAGCUGGCAGGAUGAGUCUACAUAUCUUAAAUGACGAAAAUGUCCCCAGUGAAAAAAAUGCAGAAAACUGCGACUUCCUGUUUUCACAACCAGAACUUACCGGAAGAUCCUCUGUUCUUCGUCCAUCGCAGAAAGAAAAUGUUCCCCCCAAAAACCAGGCCAAAGUGGCAAAGGUGACUUUUCAGACUCCUCUGCGGGAUCCACAGACACACAAGAUCUUAAGUCCUAGUAUGACCAGCAAACUUGAGGCUCCUUUUGCUCUGGACGAUAGUGUUGGAUUAGAAAACUGUCCCUACAUCUGGCUACAGAAAGAGAACCAACAGUUCACCAGGGAAGUAGACAAAACAGCUACCAGUGGAGUUCUCCAGAAGCAAGCAAGCAUUGAUGCUUCUCUGGGAAAUGAAAACUCGGCCUUUGAAGGCAGUGGUUCCAACAAGCAUGGCUCAGCCCCACUAGAUGACCUCAGUUACUCAAGUUCUUCCCAGAGCCCAGGAAGUCCUAAAAACCUGGUGGCCUCUCCAGGACAAUGGCCUGACAGCCCUGGUCAAGCCUUGAAGGAAGGCAUUAGUAUUUAUUCCUCAGAUAAAAGCAUUCCAUCUACCUGUGAGAUCCUAGAAGACCCUGCUGAGACAGUAUCCCCACACACGGAGGAGGCUUCUCCUGGAACCCUGGGAGAAAGCUCAUCCCUAGCUGCCUUGCCUGUAGCUGCUGCUUCAUCUGGUCCAAGCUCUGAAAGCCCUCAAAGAACAACAUCCCCCACAGACCUGGCUGAUGAGGCCCCAGCCUGCCCCAAGGAUGUAGAUAUCCUUGAGCCAACAAUGGACAUCCAGAGCCCUCCCCACGUGUGUUCAUCUGGUUCUGAGAACUCAGUCCCGGCUGGCCCUCUACAGGCUAGUGGGGCCACAGACCCAAGUCCUCAGGAAGAAGCCACUGGCCAAAUGGUCAUCCAUUCAAGGAAUGACUCCAUAAGGCUAGAAUUUGACUUCUCUGAUGAUACCACCAAAAGGGUGUCUCCACCAAAGAGACUGGCUCUUGCUGGCCUCCAGCCUUUCCUGAAGGAAUCAGAUGCCAGGCAGGAACAGGCCCCCAAAGAGGCAGAAGAAAGCGAUAGGGCCGGAGAGAAGGUUGAGUGUCUGCAGCCUGUUUCCCAUGGCUCUUACCACCUCGACUGGGACAAGCUGGAUGACCCAAACUUCAAUCCAUUUGGAGGUGACUCUAAGCCUAAGGACAAAAAGGCUCAGCUCCUGGAAAGCCCCAAGAGCAGGUCAGCUGCUGUGGCUGAGCAGCAAAGUGCCAGACCUACAGACAUGGAGAACUCUGCCAGCCAUCAGCUGCCUCCAGCCCCAGCGGAUACGCAGCAUUUGGUAGAGAUGGCAGCCAAGAGCUCAAGAGCAGAAGGCAGGGUUCAGGAGGGAAUCUUGAAUUCCUCAGGCACUUCAGCUCUUAUAAGUUGUCUGGGCAGUGAGCUGAUGGCGCCUUCUACUGAGCCAGUGCCUGAGCCAUCUCAACAGGGACCAGAGACUACCUUGGACCUGAAGGAGGAGAGCUUCAGAGACCCAGCAGAAGUUCUAGGUACCAGUGCGGAAGUGGAUUAUCUGGAGCAGUUUGGAACUUCCUCGUUUAAGGAGUCAGCCUGGAGGAAGCAGUCUUUGUACUUGAAAUUCGACCCCCUUCUGAAAGACAGCCCUCUGAGGCCAGUGCCAGUGAUCUCCUUAACAAACAGUACACAGGAUAGAGAUGAGCCUGUUGCAGAAAAUCCGCUGGAAGCCAAGCUUGUGGAAUUGGAUUUCUUGGGAGCUUUGGAUGUUCCUGUGCCAGGCCCGCCCCUGUGUGUCAUUGAGCCUGGAGGUCUCCUGCCUGCUGGACCUAUUGUCGACAUGCUUCAGUACAGCCAGAAAGACCUGGAUGCAGCGGUGAAUGCAGCACAGCAGGAGAACCUGGAACUGAGAAGCAAGUGUGAGGAGCUCAACACGAAGUACCUGGAGAUGGGGAAGAUUGUGGAUGGGUUUGAGAAGAUUGUGUACCAGUCAAUGGAGGAAGCUGAGAAACAGAAAGAACUUGCCCAAGACAAAAUCCAGAAAGUUCUCAGAGAGAAAGACCAACUAACUGCAGACCUGAGCUCCAUGGAGAAGUCCUUCUCUGACCUUUUCAAGAGAUUUGAGAAGCAAAAGGAGGUGAUUGAAGGCUACCGCAAGAAUGAAGAUUCACUGAAGAAGUGUGUUGAGGAAUACAUAGUGAGGAUUGAAAAGGAGGGACAGAGGUACCAAGCGCUGAAGGCCCAUGCCGAGGAGAAGCUCAGACUAGCAAAUGAAGAGAUCGCCCAAGUACGCAGCAAGGCCCAAGCAGAGGCACUGGCCUUCCAGGCGAGCCUGAGGAAGGCACAGAUGCAGAUCCACUCUCUGGAGAAGACUGUGGAGCAGAAGACUAAAGAAAACGAUGAGUUGACUAGGCUCUGUGAUGACCUCAUCUCUAAGAUGGAGAAGAUCUGACAAGAGCCUCAGCCAACACCAACCUGUCCUGUCUGUCUCUAGUCCAUCUGGUUUGUCUCUUAGCUUUGUGUUCUUUUAACCCUCACUCUUUUCUAAACUACUUUGCUUUUAAAAGAAGACUAAAUAAAGUUUCCUAAUUUCAGAUUCUUAAA